UGUCCCGCCUGUAUAAGACGGAUGCGCGGGCGCCGCCCACACAGCGGUCGCGAGGUUGGGCGGGCGGCGUCUUCCACUAGUUUCAGUUUGAACCUCGGAUCCAACGCGAUCACACGUCCAACCCUCCGUGCUUUACAUAUCACCUCACAAAAUGCCUGCCAGAAACAAGGAACAGGAACAGGAGGUCCUUAACUGGAUCUUUUCCGUAAUUGGCGAGCCUGUACCCUCAGGAGAGUAUGAAGAUAUUCUAAAGAACGGUGUUGUCCUGUGUAAACUCGCCAACAAACUUGCCCCCGGGUCUGUUAAGAAGAUCCAGGAGAAAGGCACCAAUUUCCAGCUUAUGGAGAAUAUUCAAAGGUUCCAGGCUGCGAUCAAGAAAUACGGAGUGCCAGAGGAGGAAAUCUUCCAAACAGCCGAUCUUUUCGAGAGGCGUAACAUCCCCCAAGUCACUCUGUGCUUGUAUGCGCUAGGAAGAAUCACCCAGAAACACCCCGAGUUCACAGGCCCAACUCUUGGCCCGAAAAUGGCUGAGAAGAAUGAGAGGACCUUCACUGAGGAGCAGUUGAGGGCUCACGAAAGCGAACUAAACCUCCAGAUGGGCUUCAACAAGGGAGCUUCACAAUCAGGACACGGUGGCUUCGGCAACACCCGCCAUAUGUAAAUUUAUAAAUCCUUUUGAUACAAAUACUUUGGUAAUGCCUCGAGUUUAAGGGUUAUUUUACGAGUCCCGAAUAUUGUCAGAAAAUCUAAAGUAGUUCAGUAAAAAUAAGCAUUUAAAUAUGGUAAUUUCAUAUAACAACCGACUAAUAACAAUAUAACAUUAACGCUAGGGUUGGUGAGGUCGGUUAUCGGCCAUACAACCCAUACAAAAUAAUAAGAAGAACAAAUGUAGAUAAUAAUUAUACUUUGAUAACACAAAUGCAGAAAUGUUUCGCGCCCAACUGGGCACCCUCAGGACUGUUGUCUUUGUACCGGGUGAGAGCCUUCAGCGCUCCCCAUUUGUCCGGACAAGUAGUUAAUGCCAUCGGCGGCAAAUCUACAAUAAGUAAAAAAAACAGAAAUGAUUCUUAAAACCGAGGCGUUUUUCUUACAAUAGGUUUACUUUGAAGUGGGUAUCUGAGACCAAAACCAAACAGUUCGUAAGUGCAUUAUUUUUUAAAUGAUUUGUUUUUGAAUGCCUGCUAAGAUUAUGUUGCGUAACUUUUUAAUUUAUUUUUUUAAAUGUAUACCUAAAUAUCUGGUUAAAUAGAAACGUCUAAUAGAUAACUCUUAUGAAUUUUUAUUUGUAUUAUUUAUUCAUAAUUAAAUCACUUUUAUUUGUUGGCUAAUAACUAGUUUAUUUAAUCUAAUAACAUUUUUUUAAGACUUUUCUAUUGAUAAGAACAAUUGUAAAUAAUUAUUAAUAAAUAUUAUUUUCUUUUUAAAGAGA